UUGAGACCCGUAUAUAUAUACACGAUCGUUUACGAAUUUGCGAAGGAACAUCUGUGAAGAAGCUAAACCUGCGCGUACCUAACCUCCAUACUUAUAUCCCUGCACAAACCUCUUCUUAUACGGAGUAUAUGCAUACGUUCGUUCAACCUGCAUCCUGCAUCAGAACCACGACCUCCAAUCAAAGGUUAUACGAAGUACAUACUAAAUGCAAGAGAAUUCGGUCACCAGCUUGCGAAGACCCUUCCUACGUACAUCUUAUUUCGCCGCUUCGCCAGAAGCAGAGGAAGUGGAAGGAAGCUACGCCUGAACCAUUGCCGGACUGGUUUAUGGACCAUCGUCGUCGGACCAAGACAUCACCGGAGUUUCUACGAAGCUUUGACCUUGCCGCCAUUGACGCCGGAGGAGCUGCUGCAACCGGAGAAGCUGCUACGUCGGAGGACUUACUGCCGGACUGCCAUAUCGUUUUGUGACGGAGGAGGACGAACGAGUCGCCGUCGCUCGACACUUCAUCCCGCCGGAAAGCUCGCCAAAAGUAGACGAAGAGCACGCCGUUGCCAUUGCCUUCGUUAUCUGCACCGCCGUUCCAUCAGAAGGAAGAGCCGUCGCCGAAGAAGGGGUAAACCAGAGCCCGCUAGACCACCGUUGAGCUGCAGCCUGGCCGUUGACGUCGGAAAAGGAUCUGCCGGGAUCUGCUGCUGAGACCAAAUGACGGAGAGAGAAGAUCGCCGGAGGAGACGUCCCUUCUUCCGUCCUUGGCCAUCGACGAGUACGUAGUACUCUGUUCACGUUUCUCUACUGUUUCUCUUUUGUUUAUUAAAUUGGGCUGCUUAUUUUCUUAAAAAGGCCCGUAGUGUUAGUUGUGGUGGACAAUAAUAUGGAGUAACAAUUAAUCAUAAUAAAUUAUAAAUUGAAAUUUGGUAUUUGGGUUGGCCAAUAAAAUGGACGGAAUUAAAUUAGAUUAGUGAAUGAUUAUAAAAGGGUUAAAUAAAUCAUAAUUGGGAAAUAAUUAUUAAGGAACUAGAAUAUUUAUUAAUUAUACAAUUUUAAUAUUUUUAGAAGGUGAUUAUGGAGAAGAUUAAGAUAGAAGCUUUGAUUAUGAAUUAUCGGAUUUGAGGUGAGGAUGAUUUCAUCGAUUGAUGAUUGCUUGCAUGGCCCGAGAGCGAAUUAGAAGUCGCCUUAGUUAUACUAGUCAUGAAAUAAGCAUUUACUUUAAAAACACUUUGUUUUUAUUAAAUUAGUUGUUAUGUUUUAGUUGCCUGUGCAUCCGGUUGAGAGAUGACCGGAUGUGGCGGUAACACCCAUUUCCUAUUUUAGACUUCCGCUGUAUUUCUUCAACUCUUUGAUGAAUAAAUAAAAGUUUUAUUUCGAUUAUGUCAACGUUUUGGGUGGGAAAUUUGG